AUGUCCGCUAACGACCGCCUCCCGGUGUUCCCCUCCGAAGGUGCCCAACUGGUGCUGAAGAACCAACUGCUGGCAGCUCAGCGGGGCCACGGAUUGCUGAAGAAGAAAGCAGAAGCGCUGGAGAUGCGCUUCCGGGUAAUUUUGGGCAAAAUUAUCGAAACCAAAAAUGCACUAGUGCAGGUGCUGAAAGAGGCGACGUUUGCCCUGGCCGAAACCAAGUUCGUCGCCGGAGACUUCAACCAGAUUGUGCUGGGGAGUGUGGGCAGUGCUGCCAUCAAGGUUUACACGACGAGGGACAAUGUUGCUGGGGUUACGUUGCCGGUUUUUGAGUGCUACGACGAUGGUCGGGACAGUUAUGGACUGUUGGGAUUGGCUAAAGGUGGCCAGCAGAUGCAGAAGUUGAAGCAGAACUAUCGGAGUGCCAUCAGUUUGCUGGUGGACCUGGCUUCGGAGCAGACUUCGUUUGUGAUUCUGGACGAGGUGAUCAAAACAACAAACAGACGGGUCAAUGCGAUUGAGCACGUGGUCAUUCCGAGGAUCAACCGGACGCUGAUCUACGUGGUAUCGGUGAUGGACGAGCUGGAGAGGGAGGAGUUUUUCCGCUUGAAGAAGAUUCAGGACAAGAAGAGGAUCGCCAAGAAGAAGCAGGAGGCCCGGCAGGCUGCGUUGCUGGAGAAGGGGAUAGACGCUCGGUAUCAGCCAAGUCUGCUGGACGUAAUUGAUGUCGAUGUAUUGUUUUAA